AGGAAGAAAGAUACAUGUAAUAUACAAGCGUAGAACAUUCUGGGUCCCGAACAACUUGCGCAGGAGUUCAUGUGGCGAAGAAGAAGAAGCAGCUCGGACCUCCUUCCUUCUUCAAGAUGCCGGUGAGACGAGGUCAUGUGGCUCCGCAGAACACCUACCUGGACACCAUCAUCCGCAGGUUCGAGGGACAGAAGCGCAAGUUCUUGAUCGCCAACGCCCAGAUGAAGAACUGCGCCAUCAUCUACUGCAACGAAGGCUUCUGCCGGAUGUUUGGCUUCUCGCGAGCGGAGAUCAUGCAGCAGCCCUGCACCUGUCAGUUCUUGGUGGGCCCCGGCACCAUGAAGGGCGCUCUGGCCCAGCUCACCCAGGCCCUGCUGGGCUCCGAAGAGCGCAAGGUGGAGAUCCUGUACUACGCUAAAGAAGGUACCUGCCUGCCCUGCCGGGUGGACGUGGUUCCCGUGAAGAGCGUGGAGGGUGCCGUCCUUAUGUUCAUCCUCAACUUCGAGGAGCUGCUCGAAACGUCACAGAAGACAAGUGGCCUCAGACAGCGACUGGCCCAGGGCUGGAUCAGGGCAGGUCACGGUCACAGCAUACGAGUGAACCUGCCCUCCAUCCGCAACUUUGCUCUGCGGCGCUCCUCCCUUUCCAAGGACCAGUUUGAAGGUGUCGUGGUGGAUUAUCUGCAGCCGAGCAGCGAGGAGGUUCCCCUCAAAGAGCUUCGUCUCCUGUCCCAGGAGAGCUGCCCAAAAUCCGAAGAGACGGAGGCCCUAAUUGGGCUGGACGGCCGUCUGCGGUCCGCCGGACUCUCUCUUCCGGAACGUUCCCCUGAGGUCCCGGAGCCUGACGGACCCCCUGCAGGGACCCGUUUCCCUCGCCCUCGGGCGCGAGAUGGUGGUCCGGGACUACGGCGCGCCUCUUCACUGGACCACAUCGACAGGAUGCGAGCCACUUGGGGGCGCCAUGAUGGGGGCCCACGUAUCGCUGGCCGUCUCAAGGCCAACCUGCUGAAUUCCACUUCAGACUCGGACCUAAUGAGGCGCCGCACCAUCGACAAGGUCCCGCGGAUCACGUUGAAUUUUGGGCCGGACAAGCUUCGCCCGCACACGCCCGCUGAGAUCGAGAUCAUCGCGGCAAGCAAGGUGAAGGACCGCACUCAGAACGUUACAGAGAAAGUGACCCAGGUGCUGUCCCUGGGGGCGGAUGUGCUGCCCGAGUACAAACUGCAGACCCCACGCAUUCGCAGAUGGACCAUCCUGCACUACAGCCCCUUCAAGGCAUCGUGGGACUGGGUCAUCCUGCUGCUGGUCAUCUACACGGCCGUCUUCACGCCGUACUCUGCUGCCUUCCUGCUCAACGAGCAAGAGCACUCGCGCCGGCGUACCUGCGGCUACAUCUGCGACCCGCUGAACGUAGUGGACCUCGUUGUAGAUGUCAUGUUCAUCGUGGACAUCCUCAUCAACUUCCGCACCACCUACGUGAACCACAACGAUGAGGUGGUCAGCCACCCGGGCCACAUCGCAGUGCACUACUUCAAGGGCUGGUUCCUCAUCGACAUCGUUGCUGCCAUCCCCUUUGACCUGCUCAUCUUCCGCUCUGGAUCUGAUGAGCCCCAGACUACGACUCUGAUAGGGCUGCUGAAGACGGCCCGGCUCUUGCGACUGGUGCGUGUAGCGCGGAAGUUGGACCGCUACUCGGAAUAUGGAGCGGCUGUUCUCUUCUUGCUCAUGUGCACCUUUGCUCUCAUCGCCCAUUGGCUGGCCUGUAUUUGGUACGCCAUCGGCAACGUGGAACGGCCCUACAUGAAGACCGGCUGGCUGGACAACCUGGCCGACCAGAUCGGCAAACAGUACAAUGACAGCGACUCCAGCUCUGGGCCAUCCAUAAAGGACAAGUACGUGACGGCGCUCUACUUCACCUUCAGCAGCCUGACUAGUGUGGGCUUCGGCAACGUCUCACCAAACACCAACUCUGAGAAGAUCUUCUCCAUCUGUGUCAUGCUUAUUGGCUCACUCAUGUACGCCAGCAUCUUUGGAAACGUGUCGGCCAUCAUCCAGCGUCUGUACUCGGGGACGGCCCGCUACCACACCCAGAUGCUGCGGGUCAAAGAGUUCAUCCGUUUCCACCAGAUCCCCGCGGGUCUGCGCCAGAGGCUGGAGGAGUACUUCCAGCACGCCUGGUCCUACACCAACGGCAUCGACAUGAACGCAGUGCUGAAGGGCUUCCCCGAGUGCCUGCAGGCCGACAUCUGCCUGCACCUGAACCGCAGCCUGCUGCAGCACUGCAAGGCCUUCCGGGGGGCCCCCAAGGGCUGCCUGCGGGCGCUCGCCGUUCGCUUCAAGACGACGCACACGCCGCCCGGCGACACCCUGCUGCACCACGGCGACGUCAUCGGCGCGCUUUACUUCGUCUCCCGCGGCUCCAUCGAGAUCCUGCGCGGCGACGCGGUGGUGGCCAUCCUGGGGAAGAAUGACAUCUUCGGGGAGCCCAUCAAUCUGUACGGACGACCCGGCAAGUCCAACGCGGAUGUUCGCGCGCUGACCUACUGUGACCUCCACAAGAUCCAGAGGGAUGCCCUGCUGGAGGUGCUGGACAUGUAUCCAGGAUUUUCCAGCAGCUUCUGGAGCAACCUGGAGCUCACACUUAACCUGAGAGAUGUAGACGGAGUUAACGAGUCAUUCAGCGAAAACUCGGACUGCAGAUGCCGGAGAACCUCUUUACGGCACCGCAAUCGACCCGAUGGAACGGACCGCGACGAUUCGCACCCCGACCCGUCUUGCCCCGCUUCGGGCGGCCACCGGGGGGCGCUGUGUCCUCGCUGGGAGGAGCUCACCUGCAGCAGUAGUUCCUGCUCAUCAUCCAGCGAGGAUGAAACGAAGCCCCCGGGGCGAAGCGGGGCGGAGCCGUACCCCCGAAGAAACGAAGGUCGCCGCUGCCCGCGCGAGGCGGUCGCCCUGCUGCCCCCUAGCGGCAGCGCCACCGCCGCCGCCGGCCUGGGUGGCCACCGUAACCGCGGCAACCCCUUCAGAGGUCCCGGCGCGGACGUGCCGGAGCUGUACCAGUUGUGGCCAGAACGUCCUUCCGGCACUUUCCCGGAGGCCGCGCGUCGCUUCUCCUUGGUGCACCGCGCCUGCCGUGGGCCCCUGAGCCCAGAGGAGGGGCCCGGGGAGCUGGAGUCUCGGCUGGAGCUGCUGCAGUCCCAGCUCAACAGGCUGGAGAUGCGAAUAAUGGCCGACAUCAGCAUGAUCCUUCAGCUGCUCCAGAGGCAGAUGGAACCGGUGCCACCGGCGUACAGCACGGUGCUGCCCGGCCCCCGCCCUCCCCUUCGGAACGGCCUCUACGGCACCGGGACGCUGCCGUCGCACCGCACGGUCACGGCCGCCCCCGCGUCGCUGGACCCGCGGACGUCACGCAAGCAGAGCCCUGACAAGUUCUACACCAAGUCCCGAGACUCCCUGUCCAGCAGCGUCCUCCUUACCGUGGCCUCGGAUGAAAGUAUGUCCCCCAAGACGGAGCGGACCCCGGCUACGGGUCCGAGCAGCCCCGAGCCCUUCUCGUCCGUGGGCACACCUGGACUCUGCGCAAGCGUGCGCUUCCCCUCCCUCCCCGGGGGCCUGGAACCCACUCCUGGGUCACCUCUAAUGCAGAGGCACGUCUCGGACCCCGUCCUGCCCAGAAGCUAGAGCUGUGAACCCCAGCAGUGUCCCUCCUCUACCUUUACACAAGAACAGUAAAAGCAUGCAGAACAACCUAUUUAUAGAUGACCGUUUGCAGAGCCACUUGUAACAGUUUCUGCCAGUACAGCAGCCUCUGAAUGCGAGCCACCGGACUGCAGCUCCUCUUCUGUCGGACGGGACGAGACAGCAGGGUCCCGGCCACUCGUGCAUCUCAACAGUGUCUCUCCGUGCAUCCUGAAGUACGUCAGAUCAGCUUGAGUUUUACCCUGGUUUAUCGAGAGCGAGUGUAUUGAGGGACUUUGUUCAGGUCGCUCCAGGUAGUGUAGCCCUGUAGGGGAGAAGCGGUUUGGGAGGGAGGUACGGGUGGAUUGACAGGUGGACAGACAGACAGACAGACAGACAGACAGAAGGAUGGAUGGCUGGAUGGACAGAGUCCUCCUUUGAGUAAUAAGACUCAAUCUAUGCCAUCUCAACUUAGUGAACAGACAGCUUUGAUCUCACAUCCACCACUCGUUUGUCCUUCUGACAGCCCCAGUUCCUCCUACUGUACUUAAGAAUUUGUACUCUGGGGUCUUUUUUCCGUGGAAUAAUCAGCCAUAUUGUCCACUGGACUCCAGCAAGGUGAUAGAUCAGUUUUGGGUAUAUUGAUCUUGAGAUGACAUUUAUUACUUUUCAGUAUCACUGCUAACACUUUGCAGUGUCUCAGGUGUGAAUUGCGUAGAAAAGCCCACGUCCCACAGCAGGUUACGUUGGAACUUCCUACAGAAGUUCUGCCUUUCUGUAAAACUGUCGUCUUCCAAACUCUGAAAAACUUUGGAAGCUGCAUUGUAUACGUCUAAGUUAACACCCAGGUAUGAAAUUAAAGAAUCUCUGGUGCCAUUAUGGGAUCACGGAUGAUGAAUGUCAUGCACAGCUGUGACAUAGAGGUCCGGGGAGUGUCAUACCUGCAUCUCCGUGUCACAAGUGUCUUUCUAAUGCCCUUUUCCUGUUCCUGUACUUCAGUAGGCAAGUGAAUGUACUACAUUACUCCUUUACUGUAUUUCAAGAUUUUUCAAAGCACGAUCAAUUUUUUUUUAGGCCAAACUGACUAAAAAUACAAAAAAAAAAAAAACAUCUGAAAAUCAAUGCUGGCUUUCUUCACUCUUUCACACUCAUAAUACACCAUUCAUCUGGAAACCUCAUUCCAUAUACUGUGUUGCAUCAAUUCCAAACACAGAGAGGAGCAUCAGAAACACACACUCUGCUGCAGCACGUGCUUCUGUCCUGCGUUUACAAUAAAUACCAUUAAUGUAGUGCUUUUUCAUGCAGCUUCUUCCUCUUACAUUUACAUCUGAACAUUUCCGCUCUGUGUAUGAGCACAUGUCCAAGUUAAAGGUUUGUCAGUAUCUUCUUUCAUUGAUUGGAUUACUGUUUAACUUGGAUUAUAUUUAGUUUCAGUUUUCUAUAUUGCAAUAAACUUAACAAAUACUGAACAAGAGCUGCAAAUCAGAGCUGCGAAGGAGCUAAAAACACAACAAAUUUUUCACUCUUCACCAAACAAAACUUGUCUCAGUGACUUGAGGACAACGGAGUCUUACCU